AGCGUGUUCUACAGAACAUGGGGCGGAGAUACUGGUGAAGUGAAAGAGGAGAAUGCAAAGGGAGACAGAAAGGGGGUAGGAGGGGGACACAGAGAAACAGCAGUUCAGCACAAGAUGGCUACGGUUCCUUUCGGCAUGAAUCCUGAGUCACACUGUUUGCCAAAUAGACGUAUGCUUUUACUGGGAUAUUGCGGAUCUGGCAAGACCGCAUCCUGCAUCACCAUUACUGACCAAAAGGAGGUACAGGAUAUGGCACAUACCGAAGAGCCCAUUCUCUGCACAAAGACAUUUGGAAGCAGGCUCAUUAAUGUGGUGGACACUCCUGGGUGGACUAUGGAUGAUAGAGAAGCAGCAGAAGAAAAGCUGGACAGCCAGAACUCCACAGUGGCCCACAUCAGGCACCUGUGUUAUCCGGGCAUCCAUGCUGUGCUGCUGGUGGUGCCAAUCGGACAGCCAUUUACUGAACACCACAGGAAGGGCAUGGUGGAUCGUGUGGAAGCAGCUGGGACAGAUGUAUGGAAAUUCUCUGUAGUAUUAUUCACCAGAGCAGACAGACUUUGGGGCAAUGGUGUAGAAGAGUUUAUCACAGAAGGAGGAAAUGCUCUUCAGGGACUGGUGGAAAAAUGUGGGAACCGAUACCAUGCUCUGGACAACACUUGCACUGACAACAGCACACAGGUUAAUGAGCUCCUGCAAAAGGUUGAAGAGAUGUUGCAGGAGAAUGAAGGAUCCUUCUUUGCAAUGGAUGAAAUGAUUGACACACCUUCAAGAGAAUGGAUGUUGCAAGGAGAGGUGGGAGAGCAAAUGAUCACAGGUGAUACAGAGGUGACAUCGCCAAUGUUUAGAUCACCACCACGAGAGUUGCGCAUAUUGUUAGUGGGAUGGCAAGGUUCAGGCAAAAGUUCAGCAGGAAACAUGAUCUUGGGUGGACGCAAGUUUGAAUCAGGUUGUCAUACUGAAGUCUCCUUGCGCCGUCAGGCUCAUGUUAAUGGACGUCGUGUGACAAUAGUGGACACACCAGGGUGGGACUGGUUUUCUGUCCAUCGCACACCUCGUCAUGUCAAAAAAGAAAUCAAACGAGGGGCAGGGCUCCUUCACCCCGGCCCACAUGCACUCCUGCUGGUCAUUCCUGUUAUCUCCACUCUUACUUCCAGGAAGAGACGAGCUCUUGAGAGCCACCUGGAGAUGUUUGGUGAGGAUGCCUUGCUCCAUACCAUGGUAUUGUUCUCUUGUGGUGAUUGGCUGGGCUGCACACCAAUCGAGGAGCAGCUCCAAAGGGAUGGUGGGCAAUUGCUGAGUCUGAUGGAGCACUGCUUGAACUAUUAUCAUGUUCUUGAUAGCACAAAUGCAAAGAGAGGUCAAGAACAGGUGGGUGAGCUUCUGCUAAAAGUGGAGGAAAUGGUGGCACAGAAUGAAGAACAGCCAUUCUUACCUGUUAAAUUGCAUGAAGAACAGGACGACGAAGCAUCAUGUGAGAAAUGCAUUCUGCAGUGAAAAACCAAAUUUGGAGCCCUGUUACAACAAAUCUUUACAUACUACACACUACACAAUGGUUCACUUUCAUAUUCAAGCUGGAGUUAUUUUUCAUCAUGAAUAUGGUUAGCAUAUUUGCUGCAAUUACUCAAAAGUAGACAAAAAUAAUGUGAAUGUAAAGACAGGGUAAAUAAAAUGGCCAAAGUGAAGCUACUUGAAUUAAAAUAAGUGAGGUAUGCACAAAAUUUUUUAAAGAAUACCAUCAUUACUAAUUAUCCAAAAUGCUUUAUUUUUCUGUAUCCUAAGUGUCUGUAAUCAUAAAACAAGAUGCAUGUUUGGGCAGUUUACUGACAAGCUACAUCAUUACCAUUGCUAUACAUUCUUAAUGGAAAGGUCUUAAUGUAUUUUGUGACAUGAAUAUUGCACUGUCUGCUAUUUUAGUCUAUGAAAUGUUAUUCACCUACAGUAGUGUUAAAAGGAUAUUUUGGUGAAAAAAAAAAUGCUCCUUUGACAAACAGUGGUGGCCAAAAGUAAUUGAACAAGUGAAAUUCAAUGUUUAAAUGACAAAGUUUUAAAAUAAUGACCAUUAAGAUAUGAAUAUUUUAUUUUAUGCAAUGAAAAUUGAUAUUCAACAAUCAAUAUUCUUCAAAACCUGCUGGAUCCGGCUCAGCACAGAGUUUUUAAAAAAAGUAAAAAAUAAACACUAUAGUACUCCCCUGCUCAUGUAUGGAAAUUUGCCACAUAAAUUCACAAUUCACUUUAGCUAUACAUUUGCAGAGGUGACUAACCUUGCUUCAUAAAUGAAAGCUAAUUUUAAUGGGCACAACUCUUUAGCCAAAUCAGCUAGAACUGAUUAGUGGCAUGACCUGUUUUGUGCACAGGGAGAACUAAUACAUGGCAUAUAUUGUCCUAAUACUUUGGUGACCACUGUACAGUAGCAUUAUACUCAAUAUCAGGGCAUUGUGUGCCUCCCAGCAAUCAUAAAUAAAGCACUUAUUUUGUGUCAAAUCUAGUUAAAUUUUGCUACUGCAUAUUUUGCACGUACAAUUUUUUGAAAGAAAUAAAGCUCAACUUUUAAACAA